AUGAAGUUUGGUAAGAACAUCAGAAGAGAGAUGCAUAACCACUCGGGUAUGCAUUAUAUAAAUUAUAAAGUUUUAAAAAAAUUAAUAAAAUAUAUUAAUAAUAGUAUUACUGAAAAGGAGUUAGAGAAUGGGAUUGAAUUAAAUAAAAGAUUUGAAGAAGUUCUAUUACAUGAUUUAAAUAUAAUAGAAGAGACAUUUGUAAAGUUAUUUAAAGAGAUUAUGAAUAUAAAAAAAGAGAUUGAAAAGAAUUAUAGUACAGUAGAAAUAUUUGAUAAUAAUGACAGUAUGAAGAUUUCUAAAGAAUGUAUAUCCUUUGAUACUUUAUUAAAUAUAUUAAAAGAAAAAAAUGUUUCAAAAGAAUUUUUUAAUUUUUGUGUUCAAUUAAGUAUACUUUCUAAUAAAUGUAAAAUUAUAAGAACAUAUGUUAUAUAUAAUUAUAUAGGAUUAAUAAAAAUAUUAAAAAAAAAAAAUAAACAUUGUGGUAAUAUAUUUAGAAAUAUACAAAUAACUGAUAUCUUGUCACGUUAUACUUGGUGCCUAUCAGAUGAAUUACCAAAAUUAAUUUCAUCAGUUAAUAUUAUCUCGGAUGAAUUUAUGCAAAAAUAUACAAAUACAAAUGUAACUAUUGAAAAAUAUAUAUGCCCCAUUUGUUUAUCUUUAAUACAUGAACCGGUUACUUUAAAUUCAUGCUUUCAUUCCUUCUGUUGGAAAUGCUUAGCUACAGCUAUUCAGAAAUAUUCUAUAGAUAAUUGUCCAUCCUGUAGAACUAAAAUUGUUUAUGAUAAAAAUUCUUUUAAAAUAGAUGGAAUUUUAAACCAAUUCUUGGAAAAGCAUUUUCUAAGUUCACAUGAUAAAGAAAAAAAUCGGCCCUUUAAAGGAGGUCACCAGAAAGGAGAAAAUGGGAUGCAAAAAAUGGACACGGAAGCGUUCAAGAGGGAAAAUAUAAAGAGGUGCAAUGUUGAGGGGGA